UUACAAUCCAAUUUCAUCUCAAACAUUAGUACUAAUAACCCAAAAAUGGCACCAUCAUUUUCAUCAGCAACCAAGCUCUUCUCCUUCUCAUUGCUUUUGCUAACCACAACAAUGGUUUAUGAAGCCAAUUCUCAAUUACCUCUGCAAACGACGUUGGUGUUCUACCUCCAAGACAUAGCAACAGGACCCAACGCAACAGUUUCCCCAAUCACCGGCCUCACCGGAAGGGAUUGGACCUACGAACAAUUCGGAACAAUAUUCGCAGUGGACGACCCCGUGAUGAUGAGCCCAAGCCCGGUCUCAGCUCAAGUGGGCCGGGCCCAGGGCCUGCUGGUAGUGUCAGCCCACGACGGCGCUAACGUGAACGCGGUGCUUUCGAUUGUGUUCACGAACUUGCAGUACAGUGGGAGCAGCAUUGAGAUUCAAGGCAUUAGUCGUCAGCGUGAGAGUUAUAAAGAGCUUUCCGUUGUGUCUGGGACUGGUAGGUUUCGCUUUGCUAAGGGCUAUGCUGCGUUUGAAACUGUGUUUUAUGAUCCGGGAACUGCACACUCGGUCAUUCGCUUGACUAUAAAUUUGAGACAAUCUUGACAAAGUUUUACUACUACUAAAGUCUAAUAAUAAUGUGAUGUGGUUAAUUAAUGCUUGCUUAUGAAUUAAUUAACCAGCAAUAAUAAUGUAUGACAAAAGGUAUUAUAUAUCUUUUGACUUCUUUGUUUCUGGCGUGUGUGUGGGUGGGUACCAUAUUUGGACAACAGCAAA